AUGGAAGACGAAGCCAUAGGACAGGUCUCCGUCAGAUUUAAGGGGGAGAACGGCGAUGAGCUCGGUGGGAGCUGGAAUUCUUCUGCCUACAUCUGUUACUUCAAAUCAACUUCAAAAUUUUAUUUCAGUGAAGAUCCGGUGCCGAUCUCGUUCUUCACAGAAGAUGGCGUCGAAAUCGUUGGUAGCAUUGAGAAAAGCUUGGAAAAAAUCGACUUUGAAAAGACGCUCUGCCUAGUUUAUCAACCUCAAGCCGUUUUUCGCGUUCAACCGGUGACAAGAUGCUCAUCGAGUAUGCCUGGUCAUGGGGAACCAGUUAUAUCAGCUCAGUUCAGUCCUGACGGAAGAGGACUCGCGAGUGGCUCAGGUGACACGACUGUGAGGAUAUGGGAUAUAGACACGGAAUUGCCUCUCUUCACCUGCAAAGGACACAAAAAUUGGGUUCUCUGCAUUGCGUGGUCCCCAGACGCUAAGAAGAUUGCUUCAGCUUGCAAAAAUGGGCAGAUUAUGAUUUGGGAUGCAUCUACUGGCUUGCAAUUGGGUAAAACUUUAUCCCGACACAAACAGUGGAUCACUCACUUGGCUUGGCAACCUAUGCAUAAAGACCCGAGCUGCAGGUUUCUGGCCAGUGCUGGAAAAGACGGCAAUAUUCUCAUUUGGGAUACCGUCCAGGGAACUGUUGAGCGCUCUCUCAGUGGUCACACAGCCUGCGUGACGAGCAUACGAUGGGGCGGUGAAGGAUUGAUUUACUCCGGAUCUCAGGACCGCACCGUAAAAGUAUGGCGUGCUAGUGAUGGGGUAAUCUGCAGAAAUCUCACUGGUCAUGCACACUGGAUCAACACAUUAGCACUCAACACGGAUUAUGCUUUGAGAACAAGCUGCUUCGAUCCGAAGACAGGUUGUAACAGACCGGCAAGUGAGGCCGAGUGCCAGAAGGUUGCUCUGCGAAGAUACGAAGAGGCAAUAAAAGUGUGUGGUGGUGAGAGACUGGUAAGUGGUUCGGACGAUUUCACCAUGUUUUUGUGGAAUCCAUCAGAAUCGAAGAGCGCCGUUGCAAGGUUAACCGGUCAUCAACAGCUUGUGAAUCAGGUUAUGUUCUCACCAGAUACUCGAUACAUAGCAUCGGCAUCCUUCGACAAAUCUGUGAAGCUGUGGUGUGGCAGGACAGGAAAAUUUCAUUGCGUCAUUGAGGGGUCACGUAAAUGCCGUAUAUCAAGUAGCAUGGUAUGGGAAAUUCGCAGUAGGCGGCUGCAUUUCGACUUGCCAGGUCACGGCGAUGAAGUGUAUACGGUCGAUUGGAGUCCCGAAGGGACAAAAGUUGUUAGCGGUGGCAAAGAUAAGGUGCUUAAGUUGUGGCGUCAGUAA